CAUGCCACGGGGCGUUGCCCAACAUUAGAGGCAGAGGGAGGAAACAGGACGUGCUGAGCCAGAGGAGGAAGAGGCAAUGGAUCUCCAACACCAGCGGGUGAAACUGAACGAUGGCCACUUCAUGCCGGUUCUGGGAUUUGGCACCUUUGCACCUCCAGAGGUUGACAGGAGCAAGGCUAUGGAGGCCACCAAAUGGGCGAUAGAAGCUGGGUUCCGCCAUAUUGAUUCUGCUCACCUGUACAACAAUGAAGAGCAGGUCGGGCUGGCCAUCCGCAGCAAGAUCGCAGAUGGCUCUGUGAGGAGAGAAGACAUCUUCUACACGUCAAAGCUUUGGUCCACUUUCCAUCGACCGGAGUGGGUCCGACCAGCCUUGGAAAAGUCACUGAAAAAACUUCAGCUGGACUAUGUUGACCUCUACAUCAUUCAUUCCCCAAUGUCUUUGCAGCCAGGUGAGGAGCUUUUCCCAAAAGAUGAAAAUGGAAAGACAAUAUAUGACACGGUGGAUCUCUGUGCCACGUGGGAGGCCCUGGAGAAGUGUAAAGAUGCUGGAUUGGCCAAGUCCAUCGGGGUGUCCAACUUUAACCGCAGGCAGCUGGACAUGAUCCUGAAGAAGCCCGGGCUGAAGUACAAGCCCGUCUGCAACCAGGUGGAAUGCCAUCCUUAUCUCAACCAGAGCAAGCUGCUGGAUUUCUGCAAGUCCCAAGACAUCGUGCUGGUGGCCUACAGUGCUCUGGGGACCCAGCGAGAUAAACGAUGGGUGGACCCGAACUCCCCCGUCCUCCUGGAAGACCCAGUCCUGUGCGCUCUGGCCAAAAAGUACAAGCAGACCCCCGCCCUGGUCGCCCUGCGCUACCAGCUGCAGCGCGGGGUUGUGGUCCUGGCCAAGAGCUACAAUGAGCAGCGGAUCCGAGAGAACAUGCAGGUUUUCCAAUUCGAGCUGACGGCAGACGACAUGAAAGCCAUAGACGGCCUCAACAGAAAUUGCCGCUAUUUCAUCUCUGACGUCCUUUCUGACCAUCCCAACUACCCAUAUUCGGAUGAAUAUUAGCGUGGAGGUCUUCCUGCCUUCUGCAGCAGCCACUGUGGGGUCACGAUGCAGAAGAUGUCUCUGGGGCUGGUUGUCAGACACGUGGCCUCUGGUGAAUUCCGCACUGCAGAGCAGCCUCCAGCAGCUGGCCCUGAGUCGGCAGAGAGGGAAGGAACUGAAUGUGUGUUUGCCGUUUUGAAAAGCAUUAAAUGUUUUCCCCAGAGGAUCCUUUAUCUA